AUGGGGAAGCAAAAGCAGCAGGUAAUUUCUCGAUUCUUCGCUCCGAAACCCAAAUCCUCACCACCGCCGACUCCGGUAGCCGAAUCAUCAACACCGCCACCAAAGAUAUCCGCCACCGUCUCCUUCUCUCCGUCGAAGCGUAAGCUUCUCUCCGACCACCUCGUCGCCGCUUCACCCAAGAAGCCUAAACUCUCUCCUCAUACUCAAAACCCCACACCCGAUCCCAAUUUACACCAAAGGUUCCUCCAGAAACUUCUGGAACCUUCUCAGGAGGAGUCUCUUCCACAAACAUCAUCGAGGAAGUACACGCCAUUGGAACAACAGGUGGUUGAGCUAAAGAGCAAGUAUCCAGAUGUGGUGUUAAUGGUAGAAGUUGGGUACAGGUACAGAUUCUUCGGAGAGGACGCAGAGAUCGCAGCACGGGUUUUGGGUAUUUAUGCUCAUAUGGAUCACAAUUUCAUGACGGCGAGUAUACCGACAUUUCGAUUAAAUGUCCAUGUGAGAAGACUUGUGAAUGCAGGAUAUAAGAUUGGUGUGGUGAAGCAGACGGAAACUGCAGCCAUCAAGUCCCACGGUGCAAACCGGACCGGUCCUUUUUUCCGAGGUCUAUCGGCCUUAUACACCAAAGCCACACUGGAAGCUGCUGAAGAUAUAAGUAGUGGUUGCGUUGCUGAAGAAGGAUUUGGUGCCCAAAGUAAUUUUUUGGUUUGUGUUGUGGAUGAGCAAGUUAACAGAGAAACAACAGAUUGUGGUCUGGAGAUGAGUUUUGAUGUGAGAGUUGGCAUUGUUGGUGUUGAGAUUUCGACUGGUGAAGUUGUUCAGGGAGAGUUUAAUGAUAAUUUCAUGAGGAGUGGAUUAGAAGCUGUGAUUUUGAGCUUGUCACCAGCUGAGCUGUUGCUUGGCCAGCCUCUUUCACAACAAACUGAGAAGUUUUUAUUGGCAUAUGCUGGACCCACCUCAAACGUUAGAGUGGAACGUGCCUCACUGGAUCGUUUUCGCAAUGGUAGUGCAGUAGAUGAGGUUAUGUCAUUGUAUGAAGAUAUCCGAGCAGAUGAUAAAGAAAUCAAGGUGCAGAUUGCUGAAAAAGGAAUGUCUUGCUUGUCAGUUCAUGCAAUUAUGAACAUGCCACAUCUGACUGUUCAAGCCCUUGCUCUGACAUGUUGCCAUCUCAAACAGUUUGGAUUUGAAAGGAUCCUUUACGAGGGGGCUUCAUUUCGCUCUUUGUCAAGCAGCACGGAGAUGACUCUCUCAGCCAAUACACUGCAGCAAUUGGAGGUUCUUAGAAACAAUUCAGACGGAUCGGAAUCUGGCUCCCUAUUCCAUAAUAUGAAUCACACUAUUACAGUAUAUGGUUCAAGGCUUCUUAGACACUGGGUGACACAUCCUCUUUGUGAUAGAAAUUUGAUAUCUGCUCGCCUUGAUGCUGUAUCUGAGAUUGCUGCGUGCAUGGGAUCCCAUAUCUUGACAGCUAUGUCUAGAUCACCUGAUAUUCAACGUGGAAUAACAAGAAUCUUUCAUCGAACUGCUAAAGCCACAGAGUUCAUUGCAGUUAUCGAAGCUAUUUUACUUGCGGGGAAGCAACUUCAGCGGCUUGGCAUAAAGCAAGAUUGUGAAAUGAGGAGUAUGCAGUCCGCGACUGUGGGGUCUUCUCUUUUGAGAAAACUGAUUUCCAUUGUUUCAUCCCCUGCUGUGGUUGACAAUGCCGUAAAACUUCUCUCUGCCCUAAAUAAGGAAGGGGCUGCUCGAGGAGACUUGCUCGACAUACUAAUCACUUCCGGCGACCAAUUUCCUGAGCUAGCUGAAGCCCGCCAAGCAGUUUCUGUUGUGAGGGAAAAGCUGGAUUCCUCAAUAGCUUCAUACCGCAAGAAGCUUGCAAUUCGAAAUUUGGAAUUUGUUCAUGUGUCCGGUAUCUCGCAUUUGAUAGAGCUGCCUGUUGAUGCCAAGGUCCCUAUGAAUUGGGUGAAAAUAAAUAGCACCAAAAAGACUAUUCGAUAUCAUCCCCCAGAAAUCGUUACUGGAUUGGACGAGCUAGCUCUAGCAACUGAACAUCUUGCUAUAGUGAACCGAGCUUCAUGGGAUAGUUUUCUCAAGAGUUUCGGUAGAUACUAUACCACUUUUCAGGCUGCCGUUCAAGCUCUUGCUGCGCUGGACUGUUUACACUCCCUUGCAACUCUAUCUAGAAACAAGAACUACGUACGUCCCGUGUUUGUGGAUGACUGUGAUCCAGUUGAGAUAAACAUACAGUCUGGUCGUCAUCCUGUUCUGGAGACUCUUUUACAAGAUAACUUCGUCCCAAAUGACACAAGCUUGCAUGCAGAAGGUGAAUAUUGCCAGAUUAUCACCGGACCUAACAUGGGAGGAAAGAGCUGUUAUAUCCGUCAAGUUGCUUUAAUUACCAUAAUGGCUCAGGUUGGUUCCUUUGUACCUGCUUUGUUCGCCAAGCUGCACGUUCUCGAUGGCGUUUUCACUCGGAUGGGUGCUUCAGACAGUAUCCAGCAUGGCCGAAGUACCUUUCUAGAAGAAUUAAGUGAAGCGUCGCACAUAAUCAGAACCUGCUCUUCUCGUUCGCUUGUUAUAAUGGAUGAGCUUGGAAGAGGCACUAGCACACAUGACGGUGUAGCCAUUGCUUAUGCAACAUUAGAACAUCUGUUAGCAGAAAAAAGAUGUUUGGUUCUUUUUGUCACGCAUUACCCUGAAUUAGCUGAGAUCAGUAAUGGAUUCCCAGGUUGUGUUGGGACAUACCAUGUCUCCUAUCUGACAUCUCAAAAGGAUAAUGGCGGUUCUGAUCAUGAUGAUGUGACCUACCUAUAUAAACUUGUGCGAGGUCUUUGCAGCAGGAGCUUUGGUUUUAAGGUUGCUCAGCUUGCCCAGAUACCUCCUUCGUGUAUAAGUCGAGCCAUUUCCAUGGCUGCAAAUUUGGAAACCGAGGUGCGCGCAAGAGAGAGAAAGACAGUUAGCAUAAAGCAUCUCAUGGAGUCACGGGUAGAGGCAAAAGGACAUGAAGAACAUCCAGGACCUCGUGAGCCUGGAGGUUCAAGAAAGGCAGAAGAAUCUAUUUCUUCUUUAGGUGAGUGCUUUGCAGACCUGAGAUUUGCUCUCUCAGAAGAGGAAGACCCUUCAAAAUCAUUAGAGUUUUUAAAGCGCGCUUGGAAGAUUGCGGAAGAAUCAGUAGCAAGGUUGGCAAUAUAA